CCCUUCCCGCGGCCAACCCGUGCUUGGUUUCCCAAUCGUUUCCGCUCUGCGCCGCGAGGACACACGGCUCGCGUGUAUUUUUUUUUUUCCCCCGUUAAGUUAUAUCCUACACCGCUUUCGUCUUCGUUUUGAUUUUCGGUUUUUGUUUUUCAACCCACGAGUAUUGCAGCCACGGUCAUCACGUUUUACCGGCCGAUCAGGAAAAAUAUGCGUACAGUGGCGACGGCGGUGGCGGCGACCACUAUUACAUCGGCAUUGGAAACGGUGGCACCGGCGGUGGCGUUGACUGUAGUAAUAACGUCUUUAUAAUAAUAACAAUAAUAUAGAGCCUACCUAGCUGCACAUUAAAUUUACCAAUAAUUUUCGUUUAUAAAAUCUCGUUUCUCUCUUUCGCUCUCAACUCGUCUUUUCGACAGGCAUCGUAAUACACACGCGUGUUGCCGUACCUUUAUCAUAAUAUAAUUAAUAGGGCCGAGGCAACAGCGCGCGCAAGUGCAGCAGAUAUUAUCGCUGCAGCGGUUGCAGUCGUCGCGUAUAGGUAGGUGGGUCGCCACCGCAGUUGCAGCGGCUGUCGAUGGCCAAUUUCGGUCGGUUUUACGUGCCACCGUUCGGGGCCGCCAUGAACGUAGUGUGGGCCGCCGUCAAGGCGUACGUGCCCGAGGACAGCCCGUGCGUGGAAGCUAUCAUGAAACGCCGCGGCGACCGGGCGACGGGGGCCACGACGUCUGCCGGAACCGGGGCGGCGGAUGGCGGGGACGCCGAACGGAACCGGUUGCAGGGUGGCACCAAACCGGACACGAACCCGUUCCGGACCACGUGCAACUCGGAACUGUCGUCGUACGGUGGCGUGGAGAAAUGCGACGGAGGCGUAGACGGCGAUGGUGUCGUCAAGAGGACGCCGCAAGCGUUUAGCAUGGACGAUGGCAGCUUCGAUGAGGACUCAUCAGGCGGCGGAGAGUUUGGCCGCGGACGGCACAAGAUCGACGAAUGGCAAGCAGCGUGGAACGUAACCAACGCCAUACAGGGAAUGUUCGUGGUGUCCUUGCCGUUCGCCGUGCUGCGUGGCGGUUACUGGGCGAUCGUGGCCAUGGUCGGCAUCGCGUACAUAUGCUGUUACACGGGCAAGAUAUUGGUGGAGUGCCUUUACGAGCUCGACCUGAACACGGGCCAGCGCGUCCGCGUCCGCGACUCGUACGUGUCGAUCGCCCGGGAGUGUUUCGGUCCGGUGUGGGGCGCCCGGGCAGUGAACGUGGCCCAGAUGAUCGAGCUGCUGAUGACGUGCAUACUGUACGUGGUGGCGUGCGGCGACCUGAUGGAGGGCACGUUCCCGGACGGCGUGAUCGACACGCGCAGCUGGAUGAUGAUCACGGGCGUGCUGCUCAUACCGCUCGGGUUCCUCAAGCACCUGCACCACGUGUCGCUGCUCAGCUUCUGGUGCACCAUGUCGCACAUACUCAUCAACAUCAUCAUACUGGGCUACUGCGUGCUGGAGCUGCCCGACUGGGGCUGGAGCAAGGUGAAGUGGACCAUCGACGUGGAGAACUUCCCCAUAUCGCUGGGCAUGAUCGUGUUCAGUUACACGUCGCAGAUAUUCUUGCCCACGCUCGAGGGCAACCUGUCCGACCGGUCAAAGUUCGACUGGAUGUUGGAGUGGAGCCACAUCGCGGCCGGCUUAUUCAAGUCGCUGUUCGGUUACGUGUGCUUCCUGACGUUCCAGAACGACACGCAGCAGGUGAUCACCAACAACCUGCACUCGCCCGCGUUCAAGGGACUGGUCAACGUGUUCCUGGUGGUCAAGGUGCUGCUGUCGUAUCCGCUGCCGUACUACGCGGCGUGCGACAUACUCGAGAAGUCCUUCUUCAUCGGGCCGCCCGCCACGCCGUACCCGAGCAUCUGGCACGUGGACGGCGAGCUCAAGGUCUGGGGCCUGGCGUUCCGCGUGGCCAUCAUCCUGUGCACCGUGUUCAUGGCCAUAUCGAUACCGCACUUCGCCAUACUGAUGGGCUUCAUCGGCAGCUUCACCGGCACCAUGCUGUCGUUCAUAUGGCCGUGUUACUUCCACCUCAAGCUGAAGGGCGACUCGCUCGAGUGGCGCACCAUCAUGUUCAACUGUUUCGUCAUAUUCCUCGGCUGCCUGUUCGGCGUCAUCGGCGUCUACGACUCCGGCACGGCCAUCAUCAAAGCGUUCCAGAUAGGGUUGCCGUUCUGAGCGGCCCCCUACCCCCCCCCCAGUCGUCUCCGGCACCCACGUCCCCGUUUACCCGCGACCAACGCACCCACCUCCGCUGCACGACCCACCGCGUUUGCCCCAGUCCUCAAACUCCAGCGACACGUUAUUUUAUCCUUAUCCACCGCGCCCGCCUAUGUUCCUCGAUAUAUUUAUUACUAUUGCAGGCGCACCCGAAGUUUUUUGCAGACGACCGACCGACGACGAACGGGUUUUCGGACCGUGUCACUGCGACAGGCACUACUUAUAUUUACAAACAAUAUAGGCACGUAGUUACCUACCCACUACUGUACGACUAGUUACCUACUUGCAAACUAAAUUUUAGUUGGAUAUAAAAAUUAAAAAGUAUUUCGUCAUUUCCGUUUACGAACCGUAGAUCUAAUGCGUAUUCGUAAUUUAUCAUUUCGAUAUUUUGCGGUACCCGUUUUUGAAAACAAAUCUCGUUUAAACAUUCCGUACGUUAUAUGAUUAUUGUUAUUAUAUAUAACUAUUUACUAUCAUUAUUGUUGUUAUUGCGGUUUGAAGACUACGAUUAUUUAUAUACUUAAUAAAGUCGCCAACCCGACAGGUGUGUACACCCGAGAUUUUAGCGAUCGCCUAUCCUCGUUAUAUUAUAUACACCAAAUAUUAAUCCAGUGUCAAAUACGUUUAGACGAUAUUAUUAAUACUAUAAACUGGUAGGGAGUAAUACAAUUAGUUAUGCGAUUUUUACAUUUUUUUUAAACUAUAAUGAAAAUUAAUAUUAGUAUUCGAUUUUAACUACCUAUAUAAUAUAUUAGGUAUAUUAUGUAAAAAGUAUAAAAGCAAUUUUUUGAAAACGACGGUUAGACCGUUGUAGUUUGUGUCUUCCGAUAUAUAUAUAUAUAUAUAUAUAUAUGUAAUUGAUAUUGUGAUAAACAACAUUUGUCUUCCAGGGCUUGUAAGCCCACAUUACCAAACAAUUUAUUCUUGAAAUUGAAAUUUUUUGAUGACAAGAAUGUUUGGUGGUGAAAAUGUUAAAUUAUCGUUUUAAUAAUAAAUGUAAUGUUUAUAUUAUUAUUAUAUUAAUUAAGUACAACCGUUUAUGUAUCAUUGAUAUUGUAACAUUAAAAUUGUGCUGUUUGUAGCAAUUUAUUGUCUUCCAUUAUAAAAACGAUUCUAAAUGUUGUUGAUGUUUGGUUUUCAAAUGGUUCUGACCGAAUGAUAUAAAUCCAUUUGGAUCCCAGACAUCUUUAUACAGCGGAUAAGAAACAUAUAUACUAUUAUAUUAUAUUAGUGCUUAAUUGUUAAAUAAUGUCAAUUGCAAGUCUUCCAAAAAAAAAAACAAACCACCUAUAGUAAUAGUCAAAAUAAUUAUACCUACGUUAUUAUUAUA